GGUUUGACAUGUCAGAGCAUCCAGGGUCCAGGUCUGGAUCCAGGAUGCCGAGGCCCGGAGUGGUGCAGCCCAUUAGGGCUGAGGCUCUAGUGGCCCUGCUGGAGGGGGGCCUGGACCGGGUGGUGCUGAUCGACAGCCGGCCCUUCGUGGACUACAACGCCUCGCACAUCCUGGAGGCGGUGAACGUGAACUGCUCCAAGCUGAUGAAGAGGAGGCUGCAGCAGGACAAAGUGCAGAUCGCUGAGCUGCUGCAGCACUCGGCGAAGAAGAAGUUGGAGCUGCAGGGCGAUCAGGAGGUCGUCGUUUACGAUCAGAGUUCUUCAGACCCGGCAGCUCUCAGCACCGAGUCUUUCCUCAGCGUCCUGUUGGUUAAACUGGAGCGGAGUUUCCCUUCUGUCCACCUGCUCUCAGGUGGUUUCUCGGAGUUCUCCCACCUGUUCCCUGGUCUGUGUGAGGGCAAGUCCACUCUGGUUCCCUCCUGUAUCUCUCAGCCCUGUCUGCCCGUCACCAACAUUGGACCGACCCGCAUCCUGCCUCACCUGUACCUGGGCUGCCAGAGAGACGUCCUGAACAAGGAUCUGAUGCAGCAGAACGAAAUCGCCUACGUCCUGAACGCCAGUAACACCUGCCCCAAACCAGACUUCAUCCCAGAAUCUCACUUCCUGAGAGUUCCUGUCAACGACUCGUUCUGUGAGAAGAUCCUGCCCUGGUUGGACAGAUCGGUGGAGUUCAUAGAAAAGGCCAAAGCGUCUAACGCUCGGGUCCUGGUUCACUGUCUGGCCGGGAUCUCGCGUUCGGCCACCAUCGCCAUCGCCUACAUCAUGAAGAGGAUGGACAUGUCCCUGGACGAGGCGUACAGGUUUGUGAAGGAGAAGAGGCCGACCAUCUCCCCCAACUUCAACUUCCUGGGUCAGCUGCUGGACUUUGAGAAGAAGAUAAAAGGUCCUCACGGUACAGAAACUAAACUAAAGUCCCUCCAUCAGCAGGAGCCCGGCGGCGAGGCCCCCGCUCAGCCCGAGGACCUGGAACCUCCGGCCUGCCCGGAGGCCCCUGUGGGUCCCGGCCUGGCCCUGCUGGAGCCCCUCACCCUGCCCUGUGUUUUAGCCGACGCCCGCGAGGAGCGUCUGCUGGCUCAGGCGCUGAGUGGCCUGCAGCUCCCCGACGGACCCGAAGACAACGCCCGGCUGAAGCGCUCCUUCUCUCUGGACAUCAAGUCGUUCGGCGAUUCGGGUGGGACUGCGGCUCACCGAGUGUUCGUCCCUCACGCAGGACCGGGAGACGCCGCUGAGUUCUACAAACCCUCGGCCUUCAAAGAGCCGACCAGUAAACCCUGCCAGUUCUCCCCGGUGGAGGAGGUGUCGGAGCAGUCCACUCCAGAGCAGAGCCCCGACAAGGAGGAGGCCGACGGACCGGAGCGAGCGGCAGCGCCGGCCUCCGGUGGCUUCACCAAACCUCCGCCUGCUGCUCCGAACUGCUCCCAGCAGCUGCACCGGAGCGGCAGCAUGGAGGAGAAUGCCACCAGCUUCCUGUUCGGCCUCUCCCGCAGCCAGCAGCACCUGGCUAAACCAGGAUCCGGCGGGGCCCUGAAAGGCUGGCACUCGGACAUCCUGCUGGGCCCCGUCACCGUCUCCACCUCCUCCCUGGCCAGCGGCUGGUACCUCUCCUCCGACUCCACGCGUUUCUACUCCACCUCCAUCCUGAGCGGCGGCAGCGGCGGCUUCGCUGCGUACAGCUGCAGUCACGGCCUGGAGGCGGUGCGACGGCGCAGCCGGCAGAGGACGGGCGACCGCGGAGACUCGAGGAGGAGCUGGCACGAAGAGAGCAGCUUCGAGAAGCAGCUGAAGCGGAGAAGCUGUCAGAUGGAGUUUGGAGACGGGAUGACGGACAGCAGGUCCAGAGAGGAGAUGGGGAAGGUGGGGAGUCAGUCGAGCUUCUCCGGCAGCAUGGAGAUCAUCGAGGUCUCCUGAAACUGAUCCCGAGACGGUUUUCCAGAAAUCUCCCGCUCAGUCGGGCUGAGUCUGACUGACGCAGCUUUGACUCCACUGACGUCAGACGGUCCAGCAGCCUCACAUGUUGUAGAGAGCAACACGCAGCACACAUCGGCAGCACCACGGGGCGUCGUGUCGACCGACGCUCAUAACGCUCAGCGACGCGUCGUACGGACGGAAGAGAGGGUCAGGAUACAGUCUGGGUGCGAGCUCGGUAUUUACAGCCUGAACACGAGGCCAGAGGUUUUAAAAAGUGGGCGUCGUCUUACAUCGGAGAACCAGACAGCUGCGCGUUGACGACAGAUAUUAGUGGAGAGAGAACCAGUGUAACGGUGCUUCUGCGGCGUGAUGAAGUGUGGGGUGUUUUCAGGCUUAACGCUGCUUUUCUAGUAAGUCCGUCAGAGUCAGUCUGCGCUAACCGUGUUGAGUUGGUGCAGUUUAACCUGCGGGAGUUUCUGACGUCUGGUGGAACGUGUUUGGUUUGGGAGGAAAUAAAUGCCUUAAUCAGUGAAAACGAGUCAAAAGUGUCCAAAAUUACUAAGAGACAGAAGAGAGAGGAAAUGAUAACAACCAGGGAAAGUCUUUCUUUGUUCAAAAAUAUCUUUUGGAGAUUCUUAUCAGAGUGUAGAGAGAUGAGUAAUGAUACCCCCCAGCCACGGGGGCUCCCCCAAGAGAAAGUGAUUCUGACAGAUUUGUGUGCGGGGAUGUGACCGGUAGAGGAGCUUGACAAGUAAAGCAAGAACUCGGUGUUUCUCUCUAACGACGGCAGCAGGCAUCAGUUAUCGCUGCGCUGCAUCAAAUCACGACACCCGCAAAGACAAAGUUUCGAUACGUAACUGUGUCGAAAUGAACUUCGACGACUCACAGCCGCUCGCUGAGGUUCUUUAUAACGUUACACAGGACCUGAUAAUCAGCGCCGAGCAUGACGUUUUCUGACCCUAAACCAGACGAUUCUUUUCCCCACUUAAAUCUAAUCCAGGUCAUUUUCAGUCUGGAUGGCACGUGAUCGUGGUCACUAGGUCAGGACUCACUGAGACCCCGUCUGACAGCAACCGUAACGGCUCAGUAGAGGACGAAAAUACCCCACCCUUCCAUUUAGGCCCCUGAGACUCCGUCAGUAUUCAGCUACCAGUCAGAGGUUUUAGGACACCCUCGUUUCGCAGCUCAAGUCCCGUGAAACCCCUUCAAUGGUACUAAGGUUAAAAAAAAAAAAAAAUAGGUCACUACACACUGAAAAAUGAUAAAUUUCAGUCGUACAAUUUUCAGGAAUCAAGUAAUGAGUCAACAACUUUCAGCAGCUUUUCCUGCAGCAGUGGAAGGAAAUGAAGCCUCGAUGGUUGAUGCAAACGAAUCCUACAGGAGCCACAACUUCAGCCGACGACUGACAAACCCUCUGUGUUGGAUCCGACUUUUGCUACACCCCCACCCGAAGCAUUACUUGGACAAUAAGCGGUCACUGGUUUACUGGAGUCAGAAUGGAGAGAGAGAGACAAGUACCAGAAGGAGACAGACCGGUUGGUCGGGGCUUCGUCCCACAGCACGAUAGUGACCCAGAACGUCAGAGGAACGGAACCAGACGGCGGCCUCACGCGACGGAAGACCAGCGAAGUCUCCGGACCUGAACCGCAGGGAGCCGGUUCGGGAUGAACCGGACAGAAGGUGAAAGCAAAGCAACCUGCAGGUGAAACCACGUCGAUGGGAACUUCUGCAACAGAGUUGGGACCGACGUCCUGAACAAUGUUUGAUUUCCACUGGAGAAAGAAACGUCAGGAGUUCAGCUGCUGGACGAGUCGGAAAUUUAGCUUCACUUCACUGAUUCCUUGUUUUUAAUAAAAUCUAUUUAUUUGUUCUGUGCUUUAAUUUCAGAAACACUGAGACAUUGUAAUUAUGCAAAUUUAAACAACAGCUGGAAAAAUGGAGGCGUCCUAAAGCGUCUGACCGGGGUGUCGGUGUGACAUGGAGGAAGUUGUAGCCUGUAGGAAAGGUUUGAGGCGUUUGGGGGUGAAUCCUGACGAGCUGACGAGGUGCUGCCGGUGUGUGUUGCUGUGAACUCUGCAGCAGCUGUGAGGACGACAGACACUUUUCACUGACGGACUCUGAACCUUUGGAUGUUUGGCCCGGUUUGUGGACGAGAGCUGCUCGUAAACUCGGUUUGCUUGGAUUCUCAUCAGGAUGAAGAUGAUGAUUUUCUCUCAGACGGGAGGAACAGAACCGAAACCUGUUGACGUUGAACUGGAGCAGGAAAGUUCCUCCCGCGCUGUUUUUUUCUCCUCUGAAGGCUUGAGUCUCGGCAGUACCUCACCGUCAAAAUCUUACCUUGUUUUCUAGAUUUAUGAAGUAGCUCAUUGAAGGUGAAAUCUCAGGUGUUAUUUGAGCUGCAGGGAAAGACUGGAACGGAGACGAAUGAGAGGACUAAAAGCCCGUCACCUGUCCCGAGGAUCACAAAACGGAGACCGAAGAGGACACGAGUUUGGUUUGUGAGCAGGUGAUGUGAGCGUAAAGAGGCUGGGACUCUUGUUGAGAGCGUAAACACGUUGGUUUGGUUUGAUAGCAGGUGGAUCACUCAGACGUUUUCACAGUUAAUCUUGCACUACUGUGGUUUGGAGAAUGGAUUUGAUUCAAAGUGUAUAAAGCAGUAAAAGAGAAAUAAGGAGGUGCCUCGGAGUGUGUUUUUUCACGCAGCUUUAAAGGAACGGUCCGCUGAAAAUGUGUGUGUGUGGGGGGGGGUCUUUUACUCGUCUGCGCUCAGGGGCCCCAUCGUCUAAUAAUCCGUCCGUGCCUGGACUCAGAUAAGCUGCAGAAAGCUGCUGGACGGAUUAACCAAUAAAAAAAAUUUAGUUUAUGCUAAAAGAGUCUGAGUUUCCUGACGGCAAAAGUUCUAAUGUUACGUCUGUGGCAGAAAAAUAUUCCAGACCCAGACUUUUUAAAACCCUCUAAUGGCUUUGUUUUCCCUAAGGGAACUGAAUUCAAAGCUUUAAAGAGCGGUCGAGAGAGAUGAAGAAUCUG